AUGGAGCUGCCCCCUGCGGAGCGCUGCUCGGAGCGGCCCGGGGACCGGGUGAUCGCGCCGACGCGGUGGGGCGACAGCCGACAGCCCCCCUCGCAGCUGCCUGGGCCGCCGGACAGCCGCCUCGGGCCGCCCGAGGCGAAGGCCGCGGGACGACGCGCGCACGCCGCCCGAGGGCCGCCCGAGGGCCCCCGGAAGCCGCCCGCGGAGGCCGCCGAGGCGCCGCACGGCGGCGGCUCCGCCCGCGGCGCCGAGGGCGGUGAGGGCUCGGGUACUGUGCCGUCCUGGGCCUGCAAGUCGCCGCCUGGCGCCCUGGGCAUCGCGAGCCUCUCCGGCCCGAAGUUCUGCAGCUCGUGCAGCGUCCCGAGCGACGGGAGCAUCGGCCACCCGACGUUCUGCAGGUUGGCGUGCGCUCUGGUCCGGAGCGGCACCCGCUGCCCUCGCGGCCCCGAGUGCGCGUGGUGCCACGAGCCUUCCUGCAAGUCGAGGAGGUAUUUGGACAAGCAGACUCGAAGUUUGUUCAGAGAGAUGGAUGACCUCACUAAGAUCAGCGUGGUCUGGCCUGCUCUGAAAUCGAAGGUCGACGAACUUGGCUUCGGCAGCGUGGCGACACGGGCUCUGGAUAAGUGGCGCGGUGAUGUUAUGAACAUGCCGGAGUUUGCAGGACAGCCCCUGGACGUGCGUCUGCUGAACCCAUACUGCGUAGAAGGACUUCGCAGGCUGAGGCUGACCGAUCUGUGUGCUCGCCCCAUCCUCCCCGAGGGUGUUGUGGAGCGCACAGAGCGUCUGCUAACGGAGCUGAGGGUCUUCGAGCGUAUGCGCACGCACAUGAUGGUUUCGCCCGUGUCGUGCGCCACCUUGGGAGGUAAUGCGCCGGCUCCGUCGUGA